AUGACGCUCGACGAGAAGAAACGAACUGUCUUUGUCUUCGACAUGGCGCGGCACCGAUCGCAUCUCUUCUUCCGAUACAUGAGCACUCAUCCCGAUCUGGAGCCAGUCUACCAUCCCUACAUGGACGCGUUUGCAUUCGGUCCUGAGCGCAUCACUAAGUGGACCAACAACUCUGCAGCUCGCAAGAAAGACCUUGAGACUGAAGUGAGCACUUCCACGUAUGCUCGGGCGGAGGCAGAUCUGCUUCGACGCGCAAGGGAGGCAGACGAAAAGGGACGAACACUCCUAGCCAACGAACACUGCCAAAUGAUCGUCAAGCAAGACCUCGUCUUCUCCAUCAUCCGAGAUCCUUCACCCCUGCCAUUUCCCGCAAACCCAACGGUCAUACCCGACUCACUCUUCGACUCGAUCCUCCCCAUCUUCGUCAUCCGCAACCCUCUACAAGUCAUCCCAUCGAUCUACGCCAGCUCAAUCGCCACAAUGGCUCUAAGCCCCAGCGACGAAGACUGGAAAAUCCUCACAGGCAUACUAACCCAGCGUCUCCUCUUCGAUCACUUUCAAAACGACCUGAACCGCGUCCCGGUCGUCGUCGAUGGCGACGAUCUUCUCUGGCGCACAGAAGAGGUCCGGCGAGGCUUGAGCGCUGCCCUCGAUAUUGAUCCGGCGGGUUUGAGUGACACGUGGGAGCCUCUGCCUGAGGAGUUGCAGCAUCCUAAUCCUCUUAUUCGAGCUUUCACUACCACGAUAAAUACCUCGAAAGGUAUUGAACAACCGUCAGGGGGUCCGCCGCCUGAAUUGGACUUGGAUGAUGCUGAGUCCCAAUGGAGCGUGUUGUACGGUGAUGAUAUUGCAAGACAGCUGAGAGAAAGGAUCGAAGAGAAUAUGCCGCACUACUUACACAUGCGCCAAUUCAAAGUGUGA